UAUAAACACAAUUUUGGACAAUAACCAAGUAUUUUCAAUGGAUUUAGCUAAAGAAUUUUUGGCUGAAGUAUUAAAUGAGAGAAUUUGUUUGGCAUCAAAUUUCUCUUCUGGAAAUGAAAAGAAAACGACAAAUUCCUCUUCUUCUAGUCUAACAACAACAAAUAAACAACAAGAAUCAGCAAUUAUUGAAGCAAAUAAAUAUUUGGAGAAUUUGAAGUCUGUGUCUAUACAUGUGCUGUUGGGACAUACAGAAUGUAAAGAAGUUGGGGAUAAAUUGUGUUCGGCUAUGCAAGAUACUGAGGUUUGGACCUUCAAGCUCCACCAUCAACGACCUUCCGAUUCAAUUGGUCGUCCUCCAAUGCUGCCAUUAUUUUUAAAACAAGCUCUACGUUCUCAGCUACACUUUUCACCUCUUCGUUCUUGGUUGACAGCUAACAAGACUCUUCCUUGUGGCCUUUUCCCUGUUGUUCGUGUCUUGGCCAGUGAUCAUCUACUUUCAAGUCCAAUUUCUUCUCAAGUCCAAUCUCAUAAAUUCCCUGCUUGUUGUUGUUCUACUACUCCAAAUGGAGGGGGAAUAUGGUUAGAACUUUGUGUUCAGUGGUUGAAACGAGAAUAUUUUCUUUCAAAAGCGCCAAUUUUGUGUCCUUCUAUUGAAAUGGAUUGUAACGAUUCUUGGGUUCUUCCACCUUUGUCUGACACAAAUAAUGGGCUCAACCAAGAACAAAAUCAGCGUCCAAGUUCUUCGCUAAGUUCAUCAUUGUGUAGUAGCAGUAGUGACUCUGAUGAAGAUAUUCAAGAGGAAGAUGAGAGUGAAUUGUCUUCAUCCUCCUCGUCUUCACCAAUACCUACACAUUCUCAAAGCAAUAUUAAUGAACAAAUAUCUCAUCAAAAGCAAGACAACACUGAAAGUAACAACAACAACAGCAACAGUAAUAAUAUAAAUAAUAAUAUUUCUUCAUUGUCUCGUCGCAACUCUCAAAAUAUCCAAUCUAGUCUUCAAUUUGUAAAUGAAAGCCAAAAUAGACGAGAGCGUUCCCAACGUAGAUUACGUCCUUCUAGACCUAUUCAAUCAUCAACUAAUUCAACAACAACAACAAUUCAAUUACCUUCAUUACCACCAAAACAUUCUCAAUUACUUCAACAAUAUCAUCACCACCACCAUCAUCAAUCUAUUCAACGGAGUAGACGACUUGUUAUGCAGCGGGCGAGGAAAGCAGCGACGAAAAAAAUUAAUGAUGGACCUUCAAUAAAAGAAAAUAAUUCAGACAAUAAACAAAAAGAGGAUAAAAUGGAAGAGGAUAAAGCGGAAAAAGUAAAAAUUGAAAAUAAAAAAGAAAUGGAGGAAAAUAAUAAGAAUGUUGGAGGGAUUGAGAAAAUGGAAUAUUCUUCUCCACAACGUCUACAACAACAGCAACCAUCUUCCCAAUGUUCAACACCUCCUCCACCUUUCCAACAGCAUUUAUUGUUGCGUGGAGUAAACAUAACCUCACCACCAUCUCGAAUGUUAUUCCAACAACGUCAACAUUCCUCUUUAUCAGCACUUCACAACAACAACAAUAUUAAGAAUCCAAACAAUUUAUUUCGUCGUUGUUGUUCAGCUAGAUUAGUUUGUAAUUUUGAAGAAAGUAUUUUGAGUGGUCGACUAACUCCGAGCAGUAUUGUUGAUGGUUAUUCACUUCAAUUAAUGGUUGUUCCAACCCAGUCAAUGGUAAUGGCACCCGGUGGCGGUUUCUUCUCUGUCCAACGAGUUAAAUACCCAGUUCAAACAUUCUUUUUCUUCAACGAAAUGGGUGGUUCUUCACUAAAUGAGAUCUCAACAAGAACUCCAGCUUUAUUACAUUUGGCCCGUUGUGAACUCGAUUCAGGUGGUAUUCCAAUCCCUCGGCAUUGCAAUCUUCAAGCGGUGCUUUUUAAUCCUCAGGGCUCAGUAAUUAAAAUUUUUAUGGUAGAAGUUGAUGUUAAAGAUAUGCCUCCUUGUUCAACAACAUUUAUUCGGCAAAGAACUUUUUGUGAAACAAAAACGGGUAUUAACAAUAAUUACUUUCCUUCUUCCUCUACUUCUUCCUCUUCCUCUUCAUCUACUUCAAAUCAAACUGCCAACAAAAAUUUAAAUAUAAAAAACACUACGGGUUUAAUGACUUCAAUGAUGUCUUCUUUAACAAUGCCAAAUACUACAAUAAACAAUAGAAUGCCAUCAACAGCCAGUGCUUUACGUUUUUUGAUACAUUUGAGACUGGCCUCAAACGAAACGGGUUGUAUUCGUCUACAUACCGAUAUUCGAAUGCUUUUUUCUAAUAAAUCAACAGAACUUGAAGGUCUUGAUCGUCGUCUUUUAUUAGCUGUGGCUGACAACAAUAAUAACAGCAACAACAAUAAUUCUAAUAGAAAUCGUUUGUCUUUACCUCCAGGUAUUUUAGAGGGAACGAUAAAUGGUGAGGGAAGUAAUAGAAUGCAUACAAUUGCUGAAAUGCCUGUUGGACCUAAAUAUUCGCCUGUUAAAUAA